AUGGAGCUGGCCCACAGUCUGCUGCUCAACGAAGACGCUUUGGCUCAGAUCACUGAAGCGAAGAGGCCCGUCUUCAUCUUCGAAUGGCUUCGCUUCCUGGAUAAAGUGCUCGUGGCAGCAAAUAAGGUGGACGUGAAGGAGAAGCAGAAGAAGCUGGUGGAGCAGUUGACGGGACUCAUCAGCAGUUCCCCGGGUCCACCGACCAGAAAACUUCUGGCCAAAAACCUGGCCGCUCUCUACAGCAUCGGUGACACCUUCACUGUUUUCCAGACUCUGGAUAAGUGCAACGAGAUCAUUAAAAGCAAGGAUGACACUCCUGCGUACUUGCCAACAAAACUCGCUGCGGUGGCAUGUGUCGGAGCUUUUUAUGAGAAGAUGGGCAGGAUGUUGGGAAGCUCCUUUCCAGACACGAUUAAUAAUCUAAUGAAGGCUCUAAAGAGUGCAGAGUCCCAAGGUAGAGGAGAGAUCCUCCUCAGCUUGCAGAAGGUGUUGAGUGGACUGGGUGGAGCUGCAGCUUCAUGUCACAGAGACAUCUACAAAAACGCUCGCUCUUUGCUCACCGACAGAUCUAUGGCUGUACGCUGUGCAGUAGCUAAGUGCCUGUUGGAGCUGCAGAACGAGGCGGUGUUCAUGUGGACAACAGAGCUGGAGAACAUGGCCACGUUGUGUUUCAAAGCCUUGGAAGGAUCCAACUACGGGGUUCGGGUAGCGGUGGCCAAACUCCUGGGUACCGUCAUGGCCACCGCCCUCAUGCCCAAACAAGCAGCAGUGAUGCGUCAGAAUGUGAAGCGGGCGACCCUGAAUGAGGUUCUGGAGCUGAUGGCCACGGGGUUCCUCCGUGGCGGAUCCGGCUUCCUGAAGAGCGGAGGGGAGAUGUUAAAGGGGGGCGGCUCUGUGAGCAGGGAGGUGCGAGUGGGUGUCACACAGGCUUACGUCGUGUUCGUCACAACGCUCGGCGGUCAGUGGCUCGAACGCAACUUCGCCACAUUCCUGUCCCACGUUUUGGACCUGGUGUCUCACCCGCGGGCCACGCAGACGCACGUCGAGGCGGUGUACUCGCGCCGCUGUGUCUCCUUCAUGCUGCGCGCCACCCUGGGGGGACUGCUCGGAGAGAAAGCCCAAAUUGCGGCCGGCAAAGAAAUCUGCCAAGCCAUCAGCAAGCAAAUGAGGGCUGUGGAGGCCGUGGUGAACGACAUCAGCGGUGAGAACAAGGCCGGGGGAGCGGACGUCUCUGCCAGCCAGCAUGUGAUGGUGUGUGCCCUGCAGGAGCUGGGGAGCUUAGUUCAGAGUCUGAGCGCCACGGCCUCCCCACUCAUCCAGGAGCCUUCUGUUGGACUCCUUGAAACUGUGACCUCAGUUCUGCUCCACCCGAGCAUGGCAGCCCGUUUGGCGGCUGCCUGGUGUCUCCGCUGCGUCGCCGUGGCUCUGCCAUACCAGCUGUCCCCGCUGCUGGACCGCUGUGCCGAGAGACUCAACAGCCUAAAGAGCUCACCCGAAGCCGUGAGCGGCUACAGCUUUGCAAUGGCGGCGCUGCUGGGAGGCGUCCACCAGUGUCCUCUGGGCAUCCCUCACUCCAAGGGCAAGCUGGUUGUGACCAUAGCCGAAGACCUUCUGCGUACAGCUGCUCAGAACAGUCGGCUGUCCCUGCAGCGCACGCAGGCCGGCUGGCUGCUGCUCGGAGCCCUCAUGACUUUAGGUUCCUCACUCGUUCGCUACCACCUCCCCAAAAUGCUGCUGCUGUGGAGAAACGUGUUCCCUCGCUCCCAGAAGGAGCUGGAGGCAGAGAAGGCCAGAGGGGACUCCUUCACCUGGCAGGUGACCCUGGAGGGUCGAGCCGGGGCUCUGUGCGCCAUGCGCAGCUUUGUGGCUCACUGUCCAGAGCUUCUCACCGAGGAUGUGAUCCGCAGACUGAUGUCGCCCAUUGAAUGUGCCAUGACCAUGAUGUCUCAAGUCCCUGCCAUCAUUAAGGUCCACGGGGCGCACCUGAAAGCAAGCGCGGCGAUGGUGAGGCUCCGGCUGUACGACAUCCUGGCGCUCUUGCCUCCCAAGACGUAUGAAGGCAGCUUCAACGCUCUCCUGAGGGAGCUGGUGGCGGAGUUUACCUUGACCGACAACUCGGCCAACACCACCACCUCCCUGCUGCGCUCUCUGUGUCACUAUGACGACAGCGUGCUGAUGGGCUCCUGGCUGCAGGAAACGGACCACAAGUCCAUCGAAGAUCAGCUGCAGCCCAACAGUGCUUCUGGCAGCGGAGCUCUGGAACACGAUCCCUCGUCGAUCUACCUGCGAGUUCCCGUCGGCGAGGCCAUCCCAGGACCGCUGCCUUUGGGCGUGUCGGUCAUUGACGCUUCGGUGGCUCUGUUUGGUGUGGUUUUCCCCCACGUCUCCUUCAAACACAGGCUGCAGAUGCUCGACCACUUCGCAGAGUGCAUAAAGCAGGCAAAAGGAGUUCGGCAGCAGGCCGUCCAGCUGAACAUCUUCACUGCGGUGCUCAGUGCCCUCAAGGGUUUGGCUGAGAACAAGAGCACUCUGGGCCCGGAGGAGGUGCGCAAGUCGGCCCUGGCCCUGGUGAUGGGAGCGUUAGACAAUCCCAACCACAUCUUGCGCUGCGCUGCAGGAGAGGCCCUGGGCAGGAUGGCUCAGGUGGUGGGAGAGGCCACCUUCAUCGCCCGAAUGGCACAGACCAGCUUCGACAAACUGAAGUCGGCCCGUGAUGUCGUCUCUAGGACGGGCCACUCGUUGGCUCUUGGCUGUCUGCAUCGAUACGUUGGAGGAAUCGGGUCCGGCCAGCACCUAAAGACCAGCGUCAGCAUCCUGUUGGCUCUCGCUCAGGACGGGUCGUCUCACGAGGUCCAGACAUGGGCUCUGCACUCUCUGGCUCUGAUCGUGGACUCUAGUGGCCCCAUGUACAGAGGCUAUGUGGAGCCCACGCUCUCCCUGGUGCUCACCCUGCUCCUCACCGUGCCUCCUUCUCACACAGAGGUUCACCAGUGUUUGGGCCGCUGCUUGGGAGCUCUCAUCACCACGGUUGGACCUGAGCUGCAGGGAAAUGGAGCCACCGUUUCCACCAUCCGCUCCUCCUGCCUGGUCGGCUGUGCCAUCAUGCAGGACCACUCUGACUCACUGGUCCAGGCGGCCGCCAUCUCCUGUUUGCAGCAGCUGCACAUGUUCGCUCCUCGCCACGUGAACCUGUCCGGCCUGGUGCCCUGUCUAUGUGUGCACCUGUGCAGCUCUCACCUGCUGCUGCGUCGUGCUGCGGUGGCCUGCCUCAGACAGCUCGCCCAGAGAGAAGCUGCAGAGGUCUGCGAGUACGCCAUGAGCUUGGCGAAAAGAGCAGGAGACAGCAAAGACAGCUCAACUAUCAAUCUGAACAUCACCGAGACCGGUCUGGAGGGCGUUCUGUUCGGCAUGCUGGAUCGGGAGACAGACAGGAAGCUGUGCUCUGACAUCCAUGACACUCUGGGUCACAUGUUGUCGUCUCUUGCUGUGGAAAAACUUUCCCACUGGCUGAAACUUUGCAAGGAUGUUCUCGCAGCAACUACAGAUGUUGGGGGAGCCGUCACCUUUGAGGUAGAGAAGGACGAAGAGGACUCUGAGAAAAAGGACGAGAUGGACGAUGACACCAUGUUCACAGGCCUGGGAGACGAUGACAAGUCCAAGCCGUCGGUGGCGCCGCGGUGGGUGACGCGGGUGUUCGCCGCAGACUGCUUGUGUCGGAUCAUCCUGUUGUGUGAGAACGCAGACAAGCUGCACUUUGACCUGGCAGCCGCCCGCUCCGCUAAAGCCAAGAACCCCAAAGGGGAUCUGUUGGUGCUCCAUUUGUCCGACCUCAUCCGUAUGGCCUUCAUGGCAUCCACAGACCACAGUAACCAGCUGAGGAUGGCCGGUCUACAGGCCCUGGAAGACAUCAUUAAAAAGUUUGCAUCAGUACCAGAACCUGAGUUCCCAGGACACGUUAUUCUUGAGCAGUAUCAGGCCAAUGUGGGAGCUGCCCUCAGACCUGCGUUUUCACACGAUACACCGUCUGACAUUACGGCUAAAGCAUGCAAGGUUUGUAGCACGUGGAUCGGCAGUGGCGUGGUCAGCGAUCUGAAUGACCUGAGACGAGUCCACAACCUGCUGGUGUCCUCGCUGGACAAGGUGCAGGCUGGGAAGAGCUCCUCCAGUCAGCUGUACAGUGAGAGCGCCACCACCAUGGAGAAGCUGGCUGUGCUGAAGGCGUGGGCGGAGGUCUACGUGGUGGCGAUGAAGGUCAAGAAAGAGGCGGAGUCUAAGCCCGCCAAACCGGUCGGAAGAGAGGACGAGGAUGAGGACGAAGAGGACCUGGGCGCUGACGUGCUUCCUCCUGACAGUCUCAUCACUUUAGUGCAGCCAGAGCUGCCGUCGCUGAGCCGCCUCUGGCUGGCCAUGCUGCGGGACUACGCUCUGCUCACUCUGCCCGCAGAGUUCUCAAGUCAGCUGCCGCCUGAAGGUGGAGCUUUUUACACCCCAGAGACGAUAGACACAGCGCGGCUCCACUACCGCAACUCCUGGGCCCCGGUCCUGCACGCCGUGGCCCUCUGGCUGAGCAGCACCGGGUUUGGAGCAGGCGAAGAUCAAGAGGACGUCUCUUCGGCUCCCUCCAAGUCUCCUGAAGGCUCCUCCAAAACGAGGACUUUCGAGGAGUCGGUCAACGACCGGAUGCAUCUUUUGUUGGGUGUCAGUAUCGAGUUCCUCUGCUUCCCCCGACCCGAGGAGCCCAUCGAACACGUGAUGUCCUGCCUGCAGGCGCUGUCCACGCUGCUGGAAUCUCCGUGGGCUAAAAAACACAUCGCAGAAGACCAGUUGCUGGCGGUGGAGCUCCUGAACGUGCUCCACAGGUUGCUGCUGACCCGGGACCCCCCCGGUGUCCAGCUCCAGGUCACCACUGUCGUUCAGGAGACCAUCAGGGCUGCACAGGACCAUCUGCAGCAACUGAGAACCCGCAGAGGCAAAGAGGAAGAAGGGGAAAAAGACUGUCAGCCCGUCCUCGGGGAAGGGGGGGACACGGGGGAGCUCGUCCCCGGCAAGUCUCUGGUGUUCGCGGCCAUGGAGCUGCUGGUCUUCCUCGUGGUCCGCCACGUGCCGCAGCUGAACUCACGAGUGAAGGAGUCGCCCAGCCAUGCGCCGCUCCGGCCUCAGAGGCUGCCGGAAGGAAGCGCACGCCUGGUGGCGAACACCAUCUCCAUCUUGGCAGAGCUGCCGUCGCUCUGCUCUCCUGCUGGAGGCAUGACCAUCCUGCCCACAGUGCUCUUCCUAAUCACCGGGGUUCUGAGGGAAACGGCGAUCAAAACAGCCGACGCCUCUGUGCCCGUUCCGGUAUCGGCUGCGCUUCAGGGCAUCAAAACCAUCAUCACCUCACCGUUGGCCCGGGCCGAGAGCAUCCAGACGCAGUGGACCGGCCUCGUGAGGAGCAGCCUGGCAUCCGCGCUCGAGUACUCGCAGCCGGACGAGUCCAGACCUGACAUGGACGAGGUCAGCAUGUUGACUGCGAUCACGCUGUUCCUGCUGUCAGCCAGCGGUGAACUGGUCGGAGUGAUGGUCCUGCAGAACGGCUGCAUGGACCGGUUCCGAAACGCCCUGAACUCCAGCGACCCCUGGGUUCAGGCCCGGUGCUACCAGCUGCUGCUGUCGGUGUUCCAGCACGCCAACCGAGCCCUCUCCACGCCUUACAUCCACGCCUUGGCGCCGCUCAUGGUGGAGAAGCUGAAGGCCGUGGAGCGCAGUCGGCCGGGGACCGCCGCCGAGCUGCAGGCCGUGCAGGAGGGCAUCAGGGUCCUGGAGAAUCUGGUCAGCAUGGGCGAAGAGAAGAACCGUGUGCAGCUGCUGGCUCUGCUGGUCCCGACGCUCAUCUCCUACCUUUUGGAUGAAAACGCCAUCUCCUCCGCCCCCCAAGUGUCUAAAAGCCUGCACGAGUUCGCCCUUCAGAACUUGAUGCGGAUCGGACCUCUCUACCCAGCUGCCUUCAAGAUUGUAAUCGGCGCCGCGCCUGAGCUUAAAACCCGUCUGGAGUCUGCGAUACGGGCCAACCAGGCUAGCAGCAAAGCUAAAGCUGCAGCGAGGCAAGCUCAGCCCGCCGUGCCGGCUGCACCGACGAUCAAACUCAAGAAAAGCUUCUUCUGA